AUGCAUUCAUUCAAAUAUUUUAUUGUAACUCUUCUGAGUCUUGUUAUCUACAUUCAAUGUGCCCCUAUUUCACAAUCUAAUGCUACUUCAAAAAGUGGUUUUAUUGGUAGUCCUGAAUAUAAUUAUGGAUUACAAGAAGGUGAUAUGGUUCCUCCGCCGGAUUCAAACUCUGUUAGUGCACGUGGUCUUGUAAUAGAACCAGCAGCUACCAAUCAAUGGCCUGGUGGUAUAGUACCUUAUGAAUUUGCUUCAAACAUUUGUUCGUACAAUUUAUAUAUGUACAUAAAUAGCAAUACAGAUUCAUAUUUUCUAGCUACAAACGAUGCACUUUUCAUCGAAGUACAGAUGCGAGCAAUGGAAAAUCUUACAAUGGUUAACAAUACACAAUGCAUCAAAUUUCGACCCAAAAAUGCAUCCGAUCUAUACUUCAUUACAAUAUUGAAUGGUUCUGGUUGCUCAGCUCCAGUUGGAUCGUGGGGUACCCGUAAUGUUGUACGUCCUGUUUCAUUAUUACAUGGAUUGCAUGACACUUGUAUGGUAUCAGGUAUCGUUCAACACGAAUUAAGUCAUGUCUUAGGAAUGCAUCAUGAACAAUCACGACCUGAUCGAGACUCAUAUGUUUCUAUUCAGUGGGCAAAUAUUGAUCCAGCUAAUAUACAGGAUUUUGUAAAAUACAAUGCUUCAGAAGUUAAUACUCUGAUGACAUCUUAUGAUUAUGCAUCAGUGAUGCAUUAUGGAUGGAAUGCAUUUGCAAUCAAUGCUAGUGCACCUACUAUUAUUCCAACAAUGAACAGUAGUGCAGUUCUUGGACAACGUGUUCAAUUAAGUCCAGUUGAUAUUAUUGAAAUUCAACGAUACUAUGGUUGUAUUCCAACACCAUAUACCACAAAUACAAUAACAACUACUAGUACUCUUACAAUUAAUACUACCAGAACAGCAACCGUAACUAAAACUAGCACUACUGUAAUAACAACCGUGACUACAAGUAGCACUACUCAAAUAACAACCGUAGCUACGAUUAGCACCACUCAAACAGCAACUGCCAGUACAAUUAAUACUGCCAGAAUAACUAUUUCUAGCACAGAAACAAUAAGUAUGCCAAUAUCUAUCCCAUUAGAUCUUGUAGCGACGACAACUGAAGAAGCGGGCGUAACUAGCAUAGGAGCUCCAAGUGUUUUUCCAUCAUACUUUGAAAUACAUUUUAUCUGCUCAAUAAUAGUUAUUUAUUUAACAAAAUAA